UGCUAGUUUAAAGACAAAUCAUUUCAGUUUGAUUUCAUAUUUUAUGUAACACUAAUUCAAUAUGCGAUGUGUACAAACCACAGUUGUUAUUUUGAUACUGGCUUGUGAUUCCGUAUUUGGACGAGUGAUUGGCACUACGAGGCGUAAAGAUCGCAAUAAUACAAAGAAACAGGCUGAAAAUAUGGAAUCAGGUGAAGAGGGGGAGUAUAUGGAGAAGUAUUCUAACAAAGUGUCAAUUGAAGCUGAACAAGGUCAGUUUGAAGGCGAUAUUAUCAGACCUCCAAAGCAAACUGAAAACAAAAAGUUUCGUAAUGUAUUGCAUAAGUAUUUUUGGAAUUCUUUUACGUGGGAUAAUGGUGUUAUUCCAUACAUACUCGACAAGAAAUAUAGUUCACUGGAAAGGAAACACAUCCUGGAUGCGAUGACACUUAUAGAGCGUCGGUCAAAGAAUUGCGUGAGGUUCAAAGAAUAUUCAUCUGAGAUGGAAAUAUUUUUUGGCGGACACUGGUUUGGAUAUCUAUACGUGAAUAGAUUAUUCGAUACGUGUUUGACGCAAUACGUAGGUUUCUACAGGAUUGGUCGACAAGAACUAUAUUUAGGCGCGCGUUGUUUCAGAAAGAAGUACGGAAUACCCGCACAUGAACUUAUGCAUGUAUUGGGAUUUUGGCAUGAACAUAACAGGCGCGACAGGGAUUACUAUGUUAGAAUAAAUAGAAAUAACAUUAAACGAAGUAAACAAGCACAAUAUGAUAAAGAAUAUGAAUCUGUGAUUCAAAAUUUAACUCCAUACGACUACUACAGCAUUAUGCACUAUGGCGUGGAGACCAACGCAAUAUAUCGUGGCCUUCAAACAAUAACAGUUCUUGACAAGAAUAUAGACAUCAACAGAAUCGGACAGAGAAGUUAUUUGACUGAUUCUGACGCCUUCGAGAUACGAUGCAUGUAUGGAUGUGCGACAUGCACCGCCUUGUGAAUGCAUUGUAUACAUGUACCUCCACUGUCUCGACGGUUAAGUGGCAACAAAAGAAUUAUACUAUUGUAACAUGUUUUAUGUUUUUAUAUAAUAAAGUGUAUACAUUCAUUAGACAUAAUUCUCGUGUUGUUCUGUUAUACUACAUGUAUAUAUUUUAGUUCUUGGGUACUUUGAUAUGAACAACACUUA